AGUAGCGGAUAUUCAAUACAUUCUUGUGGAUUAGGGAAUUCCCGUCUUUAGUAUUUCUUUGAAACUAUUUAGCGGGUAGGUACUUGUAUUAUGCAUAUUGUUCUACCAUAUUCAUGGUAAUUCAUUGCAAGCAAAAUGUGUGACCAUUAUCCCAACAUACAAAUGAAAUACGCAGCACGCAGUGUUGCGUGGUGUUGCGCAGUCGAACCGCACAAAUAUUUACGAACAUUUUGUGAAAAGGAAUGCAGAAAAACUAGACUCGAGUUGCUGGACUCUUUUUGACCGUGUGAAUGCCCAGAGCGACACCAAAAGAAAAUUUGAAAAACCUCAGACUCUUUUGAAUCCCUGUCUGAAACGGCACAAACCAGUUUUUUUUUUGCAUCAUACCAUGUUUGCAUACAAAAAUGAGCGUGGAAAGGCCGCUUAUUGUAUGUACUUGAAAUACAUAUAGGAGGAACAUAUUAGGGGUUGCAACUCUAACUAAAACUUUCAGUCAAAGUUUGAUUGAUAUUAUUACGAACCUAAAAAGUGAAAAUUGGGAGAUAAUUAAGCAGGUUUUACAUUUUUAGAUGUAAAAUUAUAACAAAUCAACUCAGUCGUUGCUCACGAAAGGGUGAAUAUAUAUUAAAAUGGACCUAAUGUUUGAUCUACAUACGUGUAUAUUAAAGUUGGUCAAAAUAAACGAUAAUUUGUUUUCGCUUGGUGUUCUGAAAAAUAGUUUCUUAGACAUCUCUAAGAAGGUCUUUCCAAUUAUUAGCUCUUAACUGUAACGGGUAGGUCCUCCGCCUUACAGAGGUCAUUUUUUUAUUAGAUAGAAAAAUUCUCGCUUCCAACUACUAGAAAAAAUUAAUAUCUCAUUUCAUAGAUUUUGUAGGAAAUUGAAUGCUCUACAAAAAGGUCUCUUACGAUUUUUUCCUCGAACUCAACAAGUUUUUAGUUUCUUGUAUGUAUUUCUACAAAAUAACUAAUAAAAAUGGUUUAAAACUAAUUUUUCGGAAAUAAACUUCUCUAUUGUUCCAAAAAGUCAAAUCGUCAACUAAAAUUAUUUUACGGAUUGUCAUUUAGUCGAUAUCGAUAAUACCAAAUUUUAAAACCUCAACUGAAAACCAGCUGAAUUAGUAACCGUAACAAGACCUGUAAUCUAAAAAAAUUUUAAUGCAAAGCAGUUCGUUGGAAAAUUUUAUACAAAGAUACCACAGAACAAAACUAUAUAAUAUAAUAUAUAAUACUGUAAACCAAUAUAUUUUCCAGAUGUCUUCUGAAUUUAACUUUUAAUAUGUAUUUUAUAAUAUUUAGUUACAAGUGCUCAAUGCUGGGGAAUGUACUAUUUUACUCUGCUCCAGUUAAUAUUAAAAUAAUUUUUCUUCAUAACGGAAAUAUUACUCCGUUUAUUUUGUAUAAAUCUACAUACAGUAAAUAUAUCCAUAAAUGUGUAAGCUUAAAAUUUUCUGGGAACUUAUUAUUUUAACCACACAGUUUUAAUACAAAGAAAAAAAUUACAUUACCAUUUAAAAUAGUUAUCAAUAUCCAUUUUUCCACAUUUUAUUACAAUUCCAUAUAUAUUGUAUAUAUAUGUAUACGUACAUAUCUAUUAUAUAAAAAUAAGUCGGGUUUUCCUUCCUGACGCUAUAACUCCAGAAAGCACGAACCGAUUUCCACGGAUUUGUAUUCGUUGGAAAGGUCUCGGGCUCCGUGAAGUUUAUAGCAAAGAAAAUUCAGGAAAUAUUUCAACAGAAAAGCGGGAAAAUCUUUUUUCACAUACAGCGCCAUCUCUGAUACAUAGCAUGUACUACAAACCAAUAUUUUAAGUAGAUGGCGCCGGUGCGUGAUACAUUGUGAUACAUUAAUUUCAUGUGACAAACCGGUAUUGUGUUCACUGUGAAAUUGUGAAAAAUAAGUUAUUCGUUCCCUAACAUUUCAAUUGGAAACCAUCAAAUCAAUCACGUGUAUUGUGCAAAUUUUUAUUCAAUUUCAACAACAGGCAUUUGUCUUUAAGGUGUCCAAAAUGCCUAGAGGACGACGUGCCAACAUCGGCCGCCGCACAAGCAUGCAAGCCAGCAACAAGUGUAUUCACAGAACUUAAGCAAAGAAAGACAAAAUAUUAUAUAAUAAGUGAAAAUGCCCGAUUGAGACAACGCGUGGCACACGAAGAUCAUUGGCACCAUACAAUCGCUUGGUAUUCAAAUCUGAUCCCACUGCGAACUACAGUGAUGAUGCAAACUUAGAUAUUGGACCAAUGAUGACUAUAUGCCGAUAUUGCAAUGCGUUAAAGUUCAAAAGAGAAACGGCUGGAUUGUGCUGCGCAAGUGGAAAAGUCAAACUGGAUCCAUUACUUACACCACCACAGCCACUGAAAUCAUUGUUCGAUGGAAGUGAUCCCGAUUCGAGCCAUUUUCUUCAACACAUCCUUGAAUACAAUAACUGCUUUCGCAUGACUUCCUUUGGAGCUAAUAUCAUUCGAGAAGACACACAUAACCAAUCACUCACACCAACACAAUGAAUUGCAACACAUAACAACUACAUAUACACCACAUACUACACCAUCCCAUCAAAAAGAGAGGAAAGGACCAAGAGCAUUACGCUGUGGCAGCAACGGUGGCAAACCUCAUCCAAAGGACGGUGGACUCACAGACUGAUACCAGACAUCAGACCGUGGAUAGAUAGACAGCAUGGGGACCUGGAUUUCCACCUGACCCAAAUGCUAAGUGGACAUGGGUACUUUAGAAGCUACCUUUACAAAUUUCGACAUGACUACAGUCCGUACUAUCCGACGUGUACAGAGUGUAUUGAAGACUCUGAACAUGUUUUUUACCAUUGCCCUCGGUUCUCAAGUAUAAGAGAAAAUCUGAAAACCACACUUGGCGGUAGUUUCUCGGUGGAAAAUUUGACAGCACUUAUGUGUGAGUCCUCUAUUAAAUGGAAAACAGUCAGCGAAGCGUCAGCUUUGAUAAUGAAAAGAUUGAGACACUUACAACAGAUUAGGAGUCAGUUAGUCCGUAUCGUAGAGGAGACUUAAAUGUCUUCUUCUCUCCCAUGAAGUAAUACUUUGUCCAGUGGUUCCGUGGGAGAGAUUUGGGUUGAAAGUAGGUUAGGUUUAGCGGAUUAAAGUUUCGCACUUCGGCUUUCGAUGCUUCCCCCUACUAUAAAAAACAAAAAACAAAACAAAAAAAAAACACCAUCACACGAUCAUAAGUUACACCGUAUUCUUCAACAAAUGAUUGUUUGCAAUUACAGAUACAAGGACAAAUAUAUCAUUUGCAUGGUUCAAUGGUGCCAACACCAGAUGAACCGCAUGAAUUUCUGCAAAUAUAUUUCAUUUCGUCGAUGGUGGAUCAGCUGAAUGAGCGGUGCAAUAUACAGGGAACACAACAGUUAAAGAGACGAAUUAUUGAACAGUUGCAAGCAUUUUUUCACGCUAAUAAUGCUGUGGUUAAUAUGUUCAAAACAGCAUUGGAACGAAUGCCAUCGGAUACGCAAAAAUUUGUCAUAAGAGCGGAUUGUACCCCAACAGGUAAACAUGUGCGAAGAUUCAAUGCACCCACCGUUAAUGAUGUUGCUGCAAUUAUUGUUGGCAGGCAAUUUCAGGCAGACGUUGCCAGUAAUUCCCCGUGGACGGCUGCAGAUGAAUUGACUGCUUGCCUGAAGGCAUCACCUUUAUGGACCAUUAAUAUGAGAGUUCAACUUCAAAAUGAUCAAAUUGCUGCACAAUUUUCCAAACAAUUGUUAGCUGUUGGAAAUGGAAAAGUCCCAGUUGAUGCGACAUCUGGAUUAAUUACUCUUACCAACGACUUUUGCCGAUUUGUAGACUCUCAAUUAGCUAUUUUUGAAAAUGUUUUCCCAACCAUUAGUGCGAAUUAUCAGAAUUAUGCUUGGUUAAGUCAACGAGCAAUUCUUCCCGCAAAGAAUAAUGAUGUACAGGCACUGAGUUUUACCAUUCAAUCAAAAAUUGCUGGCGAUUUGGUGACAUACAAUUCCAUUGAUUCCAUAACAAAUCCCGAUGAUGUAGUAAAUUAUCCAACGGAGUUUUUGAACUCUCUGGAGUUACCAGGAUUUCCACCACAUAACUUGCAACUCAAAGUUGGUACAGUUAUUAUGAUAUUGCGUAACGCGUCCAACGCGACUUUGCAACGGUACUCGAUUUUCGGUAAUAAGACUUAUGCCGAAUUUGAUUAAGGCAACCAUUAUUAACGGAAAUUACGCAGGUGAAAAUGUAUAUAUUCCUCGGAUACCAAUGAUUCCGACUGAUCUUCCGUUUGACUUCAAACGAUUGCAAUUUCCAGUUCGCCUUGCGUUCGCAAUGACAAUUAACAAGUCGCAUGGCCAAUCGCUUAGUGUUUGCGGGAUAAAUUUAGAAAAUCAUUGUUUUUCACAUGGGCAGUUAUACGUUGCGUGUUCACGAGUUGGGAAACCAUCCGCUUUGUUUGUGUUAACGUCAGACCAAAAAACAAAAAAUGUGGUUUUCCAAAGAGCACUUCAAUGAAACGGAUAAUUUGCGGACACGUAUAACGCUUCGAUUCAGUAUUUACUUUGGAUCCACUUUCAUUUACUUAGAGAAUAACACUUCAUUUUUGUAAUCGAAAUGAAUUCAUUACUGUUGUGAAAUGAAAUAAAAUUUUUCCUUUCCAUAUAUAAAACAAAAAAAAAAUGUUCUUCAUCUUUUAAUCACCAAACGAAAUAUUACAUAAAACGAAGCCAUCUGGUGGCGAAACGGAGUUCGCCAGGUUUGCUAGUAUAUGUAUAUAUAUAUAUAUACACUAGCAGACGACAGACGUUGUCCUGUACACACGUCGUUAAUUCGAAAAUUUCAAACAUUCUUUAAUAAGCUAUAACAAUCUGGACCGUUUUGAUGAAAAUUAUUAUUCAAGAGUUAUUUUAAUAUCUAACGUCAUUACAUGUACACUUAUUCAAAUUCGACCAAUCGGUAGCAUGUGAAUAUACCUAUACUGUGUGUGUAAGCAUGCAU